AUUAUUACACAUUUUAUUUAUGCUUAAUUUAUAGUGAUUGUGUGUUUCUACCUACCAGUAUAUAACAUUAUCUCCUAUUACACAUAAUGGAUGCAUUACAAGGCACUUUUUCAACAAUGAUGGAGCAACUAAAUGCAAAGAUGGCCGUCUUUCAAAGUGAUCUUCAAAAAAUCAACACUACACCAAGCACUGUGACAUCUUUAGCAGCGGACUUUGCAGUAUUCCAGACAUUUGUCACCACCACAUUUUGCAGCCUGCAACAGCAGUUGGAAUUGCUGGGUCGUCAAAUGGACCAAUUUGAGAUGCGUAGCCGUAGAAAAAUUCUGUUGAUUCACGGAGUACCAGAACAUAGAGGAAGCAGCACGUCGCAGGAUAUUGUAGAAGUUGUAGCAGAAAAGUUGAAAAUCUCCAGCUUCUUCGAAGACAAUAUUAGUAGGUGUAACAGAGUUGGCCAUUCUUCUGGUGAUAAACCACGUCCAAUUGUGGUCAAGUUUAAGGAUCUCGCUCUGCGCAACAAGGUUUGGUUUGCCAAAACUGCACUCAAGCAUACUGGAAUAACAAUCUCCGAAUUCUUGACUAAAGAAAGACAUGAGGCCUUCAUAGCUGCUCGACGCCACUUCGGAAUCAAGAGGUCUUGGACGCGCGACGGUUAUGUGAUUGUUGCUGGAGAAGAUGGCUCUAAGCAUCGAGUUACGACUGUUGCUGAAGUCAACAAAAUUAUAGGCUGCCAGAAUGCUGCUUUCCCUACUGUCGCACCGCAGGCUGGCAGUUUGAGUACGCCCGAGGCGGGGCUCUCUUCAGCACCCAAGGCUUCCGCCGCGGUCAUGGCUCGUGCCAAACGUGUUGUUAGGAAGUGAAAAAUGUGUCCUUCUGGUGUUAAUUUUAUAUGGUUUUUAAUUAAUUUUUAUUCAUCACAUUCAGUAAUUGUCACCUUUUUAAACAUAUAACAUCUAACAUGCAUACACUCGUGAUAUAUCUACUGGAAAUUGCUACUUCUUAUUAUGGUCAAUUUGCUUAUUUAUUAUUAAAUGCGUAGGUAGUUUCAGGGGUUAUUUGUCACGGAAUUAAUAACUGACCACUAAUGAUGUUUACUGUUUAUCGUUUAUAUGUAACUAACUUCAUAUUUUAUUUACUUUUCACUUCUUUUUUAUUUUAAUGUUGUAGUUUGUACCGUGAUGAUAUUUAGAGUUGUUUACGUGUGUCAAAUUAACGUCGCCGCCUGACAGAUGACAGCUGUUUGUCAUUUAUUGCUCUUUGCAGUUUCCAUUUAAACGUAGAACGAGAAUAUGUUGUUUUUUUUUUUUAUACUAUUCAUAAUGGAUAUUAACUUUUUUAUAUUGUUUUUUUUUUUUUCUGUAAAAUAAGUAAUGUAAUUUUCUGUUUGUCAUAUUUUUAAUUGAAUAGUGAUGUUUGAAAUGUUUGUAUUAUGUCCAUAGU